AGAGUUUUGGAAACAAAUUCACCAUGAGAGCUCUCGUGUUUCUCUGCAGUGUGCUCAUCACGCAAGGAGUGCAAGGUUGGUGGACAACGGAAGAUUUCCUUCAGACCACUACACCAAUGGAUUACACAGGAAUCAACUGCGAUGGCUACCUUUACAACAACAAUGGCACUUUUCAAAGCCCCAACUAUCCGUCUAAUUAUCCAAACAAUGCAAAAUGUACAUGGUACAUUAGGCCCAGUUUAUCUGGUCAUAGUAUUCGUUUGGAGCUGGUUAAUUUACGCGCUGAGUGUAGUUUUGACUGGUUUGACAUCUAUGAUGGCUAUGAUACCAAUAGCAGAAGGGUGAGACAACUCUGCAGCGCAAAUUCCUUUGUCUACCACUCCACUGGCAGAUACUUAACCAUCCACUUUAGCAGUGAUUCUAGUGUCACCGGGCAAGGAUUUCUUGCAAGCUACAAAGUCGUAGCUGAAGGUUCCUGUAAGUACAACUGUGGCUACCAGGUUGGAAAUUGCUCUUGCCAAUAUGACUGUGAAUACAGAGGGACUUGCUGUGCAGACUAUGCAACACGCUGUGGAUCCUCCAACACAUCACCCUAUCCCUAUCCCACCACAUCUCAACCUUCUUGUCGAUACAACUGUGGAUACAACAUGGGAAGCUGCUCCUGCUCCAGUUCCUGCCAGUGGAAUGGAAACUGCUGUCAUGACUUCUACUCACAAUGUGGAUACAUCUACAGCACCACUUAUCCUGUGACAUCUCAACCUUCUUGUCGAUACAACUGUGGAUACAACAUGGGAAGCUGCUCCUGCUCCAGUUCCUGCCAGUGGAAUGGAAACUGCUGUCAUGACUACUACUCAUACUGUGGAUCCUCACCCACAACCAGCUAUCCUGAACCCACCUCACCUCAACCUUCUUGUCGAUACAACUGUGGAUACAACAUGGGAAGCUGCUCCUGCUCCAGUUCCUGCCAGUGGAAUGGAAACUGCUGUCAUGACUACUACUCAUACUGUGGAUCCUCACCCACAACCAUCUAUCCCGAACCCACCUCAUCUCAACCUUCUUGUCGAUACAACUGUGGAUACAACAUUGGAAGCUGCUCCUGCUCCAGUUCCUGCCAGUGGAAUGGAAACUGCUGUCAUGACUACUACUCUUAUUGUGGAACCUCCCCUGAAGUCCCCACCACAGGGCCAUGCGGAGGCUCCCUGUUUGGCUCUGGUACCAUUUCAAGCCCCAACCACCCCGACUACUACAACGACAACUCCUACUGUGUGUGGCAGCUCAGAGCUGCAUACGACCAAAGGAUCUUCUUGGCAUUUUCUUACCUGCAAUUGGAGAACUGUUGCAACUGUGACUACAUUUCUAUCUACGAUGGACCGUACACUUACUCACCAUAUUUGGGGAAAGUGUGCAACAACACUCUGAGCACUUUCUACUCCUCCUCCAACUACAUGACAGUGAUCUUCCGGACAGACGGCUCUGUGGUUGGCCGGGGAUUCAGAGCUGAGUUCAUGAGCUCUCUGAAGCCCAGCUCCGGUCGUGUUGACUGUUCCUCAGACAACAUGAACAUCGUUAUCAACCGAGCCUACCUGAACUCUCUGGGCUACGACGGACACAGUUUGUACCUGGACGAUGAAAACUGCAAACCACAGAUUUCCAGCUACGAGGUGACCUUCAGUUUCCCUCUCUACGCUUGUGGAACCGUCAAACACUUCAACAGCGGCAGAGUUGUGUACACCAACAACAUCCGCGGAUUUCCCUCGUCGCAAGGAGAGAUUGUGCGUCAGUCUUACCUGAAGAUGAACGUCAACUGCACCAUGGAGGAGGAUUCCAUGUCCCAGAUUAUGUUUGUUGUGGGAAACGGGGGUAACAGCAGCAUUGCUGGUUCAGGGCAUUACAACACCAGCAUGGCUUUCUACACGUCCAGCAGCUUCUCCUAUAAGGUAACUAAUGUCCCAUAUCAGGUUGCUCUCAACCAGGACUUGUAUGUUCAAGUGGACUUGAGUAGGCAUGACAGUAACCUUGUCCUAUUCCUGGACACCUGCGUGGCCGCCCCAUCGCCCUUUGAUUUCGAAACCAGACCUUAUUACUUAGUGCGAAACGGGUGUACUGUUGACAGCACGUAUCGCCCCAUCUCUUCUGGCAGCUGGUACAGGGCCCGUUUCACAUUCAAGGCCUUCAUGUUCCUGCGAGGCACAGAGUCUGUGUACCUCCAGUGCAAAGUCCUGAUCUGUCCCAGCUCGGAGAGCAACUCCCGCUGCCGCCGUGGAUGCAGCAGGCGUAGGGCCCGGGAGCUGGAGCCCAAACACGAGAGCCAAACUCUGGUCAUGGGUCCCAUUCAGCUCAAAAAAGCUGAAGAAGAGAAGAAAGAGCCUGAAGAGCAGAACGAGGCUUAAGUUGUUUCUGCGAAAACCUCAUCCAAUCACUUCUGUAUUCCUUUAAAUGAAAUCCUUGAUUCUACUCAAACUUUCUUGUCUUUCUCUCUCAUUAUCUGAUUAAAUGCAUUAUUGAAAGAAAA